CUUGCAUUUGCAUAAAUCUUGCAUAAGUGGCGUGGUAGCAUCGGAGGUAUUUUUUUUAUGCAUCUGCCGACGCCAAUUCAUCGGCCCCGGUCCCGCUGACUAAGGCUUCGAACUACAGCCCAUUAAUCAUUCUACAUUUCAUCAUUAUACAUAUAGGUACCAAGCAAACCUCAACCUCUACCGUCCCGAUCUGACCUGCCAUCUUCGAUCGCCGAGCGCCAAUCGCAAAUAUGUCAGGCAAGUAUGCUUUUACGAAGGCCCUGAAGGAGGUUCGCUUCCUGUUCUGCCACACUGGAGAGGGUAGUGCUGCGACGAGGACAUUCCUGAAUCGAGCAUAUCCCACGAUGAAGAAGAACAAUCCAUUCACACCUAUCCUCAUACGAGAAGCUUCCGGCACCUUACCCAAGGUCUACGCCAGAUAUGAGUUUGGAAAGGAGAAGAGCCAGUCGCUAGAGGGUACUACAUGGACUCACGUGGAUGUUAGGGAAGUACGUGCUGACAAUGAUGCUACAGGACUCACGGAUAAGCAAAUCGAAGACACGGUUGCACAGUUGGUCAAAAGCGAGACUACAUGAACACUUCACUUAUAGCUGGCGUUAUGAGAAAAAAGUAAUUAUUCAUAUUGCUUGAGAUGUUACCAUAAUGAGAACAAGACCCUGCCGAAAAUAGAAACUGCUUGUGCACUCUUAUUCUAAUUCUUGUUUUUGUUUUUGUUUUUGUUUUUGCUACCUAUUAUUAAUGAUACUACAGUACAGGUUCAGAUAAUUCAUAAUAAGAGAGUAUAGUUAUAUUGAGUCCCACGAUACGAUAAGGUACCUAGACUG